UUCCUCACCCACAGCAAUAGUUAAAGAGAGUCAGUCCGGGCCCCUUGCUUUUGCUCCAUCCCUGUGCAGAAGCGGGCUGCGGCCACUUGUUUUUGGGUAAGCACGAAUAGCCAAUAUCCCCAAUCUCUAAUUUUGCUGCCUCCUGCUGCUGCUGCUUCAUCUCUGUUAAGCCGAACUUCUAGCUUUGUACUAUCUUCCUUCGAGGCCAAUCCAAUACAUUUCAAGCAUGGCUACUGAAAUUGAUCAGCUUCACGUCCUAUUCUUCCGUCUGAUGGCACAGGGACAUAUUUUACCAACCAUAGACAUGGUUAGGCUCUUUACAGCCAGAGGCGUCAAGACCUCCAUAAUCACCACCACUCACAACGCCCAGUACUUCACCAAAACUAUCGAAAAAACCCAAAACUCUCCCACCGAAAUCAGCCUCAAAGUCACCGAAUUCCCUGCCAAACAGGCCGGCCUCCCCGAAGGCUUCGAAAACCUCGAUUUGGUCUCCAACCAAGAACACCACCACAAAUUCUUCGAUGCCCUCUCCUUGCUCCAACAUCCUCUCAGCAACCUAAUGCAAGAACUACGCCCGCAUGCCGUUGUUGCUGACAUGUUCUUUCCGUGGGCAACGGCUCUAGCAUCCAAGUAUGGAGUUCCGAGGUUGAUCUUCCAUGGUACCAGCUUCUUCUCCAUGUGUGCUAUGGGAAGCAUAAUACAGUACAACCCUCACAAAACUGUCUCAUCCGACAAUGAGAAAUUUGUCUUGCCUGGUUUUCCUGACGAGAUAAAGUUGACAAGGAUGAAAAUGCCCCAGUUCAAUGAUAAGGAAGGCGUACUUGAAACAGAUCACCUUACCAAGGUUUUGAAAGAAGCCAAUGAAGCAGAGGGGAGGAGCUAUGGGGUUGUUGUAAACAGCUUCUAUGAGCUCGAACCGGCUUAUGCAAAUCAUUACAUAAAGGUCUUGGGAAGGAAGGCAUGGCAUAUAGGUCCAGUUUCACUAUGCAACAAGGAGGCUGAAGACAAAGGUCAGAGGGGAAAAGAAUCCUCCAUCGAUAAACAUGAAUGUUUGAAGUGGCUUAAUGCAAAGAACAGCGAUUCAGUUGUUUAUAUAUGCUUCGGAAGUUUGGCCAACCUAACCGAUUCUCAGCUAAUGGAGAUUGCAAUGGGUCUUGAGGCUUCUGAACAACAAUUCAUUUGGGUCGUGAAGAGAGGCAAAGACGAAAAAGAAGAGGAAGAUUGGUUGCCAAAAGGAUUCGAGAAGAGAAUGGAAGGCAAGGGACUAAUAAUAAGAGGUUGGGCACCCCAAGUUUUGAUUCUGGAUCAUGAAGCGGUAGGAGGAUUUGUGACUCAUUGUGGAUGGAACUCAACGUUAGAAGGAGUUACUGCUGGGGUGCCUAUGGUCACAUGGCCUUUGUUUGCUGAGCAAUUUUUCAAUGAGAAGCUAGUGACUCAAGUGUUGAAAAUUGGAGUCCCUGUGGGUGCUCAGCAAUGCGUUAAUAUGAUGGGGAAUGAUGCUUAUAGUAUAAAAAAGGAAGCAAUAGAGAAUUCAGUGAGGCGAAUUAUGAUGGUAAGUGAAGAAGCAAAGGAAAUGAGAAGCAGAGCCAAGGCACUUGGGGAGAUGGCAAGGAGAGCCAUGGAAAAAGGCGGAUCAUCCUAUUCCGAUUUGAAUGCUUUAAUUGAAGAACUGAAGAUCCUCAGCGGUUGAUAUAUGCUAGAAACGUUGGGGGAGGUCUCAUAAUAUAAAUGUUCUGAUAUUGAUGGUUUUUUACAGUGAAGUAAUUUGGAUUUGUGCGCAAUUAUAUUAA